AAUCAUCAAAUUAAAAGUCCUAAACCUACCAAGAAGGGGAAGGAAAAGCAGUCUGCAAAGUGCAAUGGAAGGACUAAGCAAGAAGGAGGCAGAGUUUUGUGACAGAGGAAGCAUCUUUUCCUCUGCUCCAGAGGCUCCCCCAAGUCCAAGUACCCCACUGCAGCAUCCAAGGGAAAAGAAGCAGCUACUAUCUGUUGAUGAAGAAGAGGAAGAAAAGGAUCCAAAGCAUGUUGUUGUCACUACUUUAUUGGAUCUCAAUGUCUCAGGUGAUGAUUCCUUCACCCCAGAAGAAGGGGCAGAACUGAACCUCCUCACAUGUUUGGAUGUGACUGCAAAUUCAUCAGAAACACCAACCCCUCUUGAUGCUGAGCCAAGAGUCUUCUCUUGCAACUACUGCCACAGAAAGUUCUACAGUUCACAAGCACUAGGUGGCCACCAAAAUGCACACAAGAGAGAGAGGUCAAUAGCAAAGAGAGGUCACAGAUUUGGAACACAGCAGAUUAUGGCCUUUGGACUUCCCUUAUUGCAUAGAAACAACCACUAUGCAGCAGCACCAAGCAUGGCUUCUCUACCCCUUUAUGGUGCUUGCAGCAAUAGAGGCCUCGGAAUUCAAGCACACUCCAUGAUCCACAAGCCUUCUCAUGGAUUUGGAGGCUCUUAUGGACACCAUCAUGGUUGGUCUAGACCCAUCAUUGAUCAACAACCAGGAGUAGCUAAGCUUGCUGUGCCUGAUUUUCUCAGAACAAAAUCAGCAUUAUCAUCAUCACAAAGCAGUGUUGGUAGGUUUGAAAUGGUUAAUAGUACUAAUACCAUGAUGAAUUCUGUGGCCAACAAGGAAAUCACUGGUUGUGUGGCUACUGGUGGAACUCUUUUGAAGAGUAGUGCUAAUCAAGAAGAAAUGAAGCACCUUGAUCUGUCCCUCAAGCUCUGAAAUCUCAAGGUUUUGAAAACCGUGAUUUUGGCUGCAACGACAAGGUGACCUUGUCGCAAUCACAAUUGUGACUGCAUCAGUUGCAUUUAUUCGCAGUUUCCCGCGAUGUCAAGAAUGGUGACAAGACCGCGACUGCAACGUUAUGAGCUUGGCUUAUUUAUAUAGUUUUUGCUUUGAUGAUAUGAGUAAUUGUAGAUUAGUAUAGUUAAGAUUUUGGCAAAGUUAUUUUUCCAACAGUGUGAAAUAACAUUUCUGUAAAUUUGUUUAUGGGAGGAUGGAAGUUCUUUUCUUGUAAAUGACUUAAGAAUCAUUCAACUUCAGUUAGGUUAGCUGCCUUAUUGAGUUGAAAUUUUAAAGUUUGUUGAUGAGUCCUUUUUCCCUAGAUCACUUUUUCCCCUAUUCUGUCCAUAGAUGUAAGUAAAUCUAAUGAAGGUUUUUUCUUUUCUUUC